AUAAAUAACAACCUAAACCCACUAAUCACCUCUCAACCAAUUCCCAUCCUUUACCUCACUCUCUAAAAAAAAUUCAACAUUAUUUUUACACACACAAAAAAGUAAAAAUAAAAAAUGAGGCCAGGAGUCACAAUUCAUAUAGGAGGUGAAUUUGGAGCACGAGAAAUACCACCACCACACCACCAACAUCAAAUGGCACCGCCCGCGGCCGGGUGGAAGUCUCCGGUGCCAUACUUAUUCGGAGGUUUAGCCGCCAUGCUCGGUUUAAUAGCGUUUGCGCUACUCAUCCUCGCUUGUUCAUAUUGGAAACUCUCUGGCUACCUCGACGCUGGGGAGGAUUCCGGCGAAGUCACCGGCGACGAGAAACCCAAAGAUAGUAAUAGUAAUGCUACAGCGGUGUCAUAUCCGAGUAGCAUACUAGUGAUAAUGGCGGGUGAGGAGAAGCCUACUUUCUUGGCCAUGCCAGCAACUAGUAGAACUUCUUCUCUAGGAGAUUAUGAACAAAGUGAUAAAGCAUGUAGUAGUAGUGAUGGUGGUGCUGACGGUGGUUCUAGUGGCGGUGGUGGGGAGGAGAAAGUGGCGGAGCUAGAGACCAGCGGGACAAUAGGUACAACUCGUGAAGAAGAAAAAAACAGAGAGACGACAACCUGAAUAUGUUGGUGGAGGUUAUAGUAGUGGUGGUGACGUGGGGGUGGUGGUGGGUCAAUAUUUGUCAAUUAUUGUUUCUCAGGUAUUUUGUCAUGGGAUGGGAUGUACUAGGGAGGGUGGAGGGUCCCAUGCAAACAUUUUAAUUUCAAAAGUUUCUUAAUUUUAAUUGGGGGAAAAUGAUGAAAAAAAUGGGGGUUAAAUGAUUAAUUAAGGUAUGUUAUUAGAUUUCGGAUAAGGAUUAGAUUAAAUUAAGCACAUAAGUAGAGGAGGAUUAGGUAACUUUUUUUUUGUUUACUCCUUUCAUCUGAUAUGUAAAAACUAUAUCAGACGGAGGGGUAAUUUUGUUAGUUGUUGGGUGCUAAAUAGCAUUUAGAUUUUGGAAUUGAAGAGUUGGAUUUUCCCUUUCUGCUUUUAAGUGAUUGGAAAAUGCUAAUUGCGAUAUAGA